AUGGCUACCCCUAGCGUUCUCACCUUUGAUGCUGAGGGUCGGGCUGUCGACUUUGAGGUCUGGGUCGAUGAUCUGCAGCUUUUCCUGCAGUGCGAUAGGAAAGACGGUCUCUCACUGCUCGAUCUCACGUUUGGCGCCUCUGCGGCCCCUUCUGCCGAUGCUGAUAGCACUGUUCGCUCACAGUGGGCCACACGCGAUGCUGCUGCCCGUCUUGCUGUGCGUAGUCACUUGCCGACCACUGAGCGCACGCAGUUUAGUCACUAUAAGAGUGCUAAGACAUUCGACCACUUCCUCUCUGUAUGCCCCACCACACUCACCGUUGACCUCCUCGAGGAGCGCCUCCUGGCAGCUGAGAAGAGUAUAGUUGCUGUAGGAGCCUCUCGUGGUGACCCUCGUUCCCCCGUCUUUGAGGGGUGCUCACCCUCCCCCCUCUUGCCCUCUGUUGCCUCUGCUGCUGCCGUCGACUUCGUUGGCACCGAGUCGGUCGGCGCUGCGUCUGCCCUUAGCGGGAGACGCCGCACCGGCAAGGGCAAGGGGGGCAAGGGCGCUGGAGUAGCUGGCGGGGGCGGUGGAAGUGGCGGUGGAGGCGGCGGAGGGGAUGGGGGUGGCGGUGGGAGUGGUGGCGGGGGUGGGGGCUUCGGUGGCGGCAGUGGAGGCGGAGGAGGCGGCGGCGGUGGCGGUGGGAGCGGAGGAGGCGGAGGAGGCGGCGGUGGCGGCGGUGGCGGAGGUGGCGGCGGCGGCGGUGGAGCUGGUCGGGGUGGCUCUGCACAGCGGGGCGGCUUUUGGUGGUGGUCAGCGCCAGCAGCAGCAGCGCACUCGUGA